GAGGCUCUUGUUGGUGCCUUUAUUGUUUUGCUCAAAAGUUAAUGAAUUAUGGCUCUGGUUUUUGAGUUUCGUUUCCUCUUGAUUUCUCACCUUUUACUUCUGUCAGUUAAGUAUGGAAAUGCGAGGCAUGUUAAGUGUCCUAGGUCUUUUAAUUGCAGAGAACUUGGAAGCCUCCAGUUCCCUUUCACCAGUCCAGAAUUCCCGGACUGUGGCUUAAUGGUUGUUCGUAACUGUGAUGCUCCAAAUAAACCGAUUGAACUAGAGAAGAAUGGAUCAAGAUCAUCCUUGCAGCUUAACGGUGUCCUUCUGCCGCAAAAUAUGAUUACGGUUUUCGAUCAGGAUCUACACAAUCGUUUGCAAUCCAAUGGUUCUUGUGAAGCCUUCAACAACAAUAUCUCAAUUCCUGCAAGCUCUCCUUUGAUUUCUUUUGAUAUUAAAUACAACAUAACCCUGUUUAAAUGCAACCACCAACUCAAUGUCAGCACCCCCUCUGGUUUUAUUAAACAUCCCUGUGCAAACUUCGAUAUCUAUCAUUACCGCCUACUCUCUGAUCUUCAACCUCACCAAAAAAGCCAUUUCUCAGCAUGUUCAAAUCUUGUGCUUCCAAAAAAAGACCUGCCCGAUAGCAGUGACCUUCAAUCGUUCUUAUCUGCUCAAAUGACUCUGGAGCUACGAAUAUCUGAUGCUUGUGAUCAGUGUCACAACAGCAGCGGCCAGUGUCAACUUGACAGAAACAAUAACUUCUGCUGCAUCAAAGCUGCACCUGAUAAGAGUAAAAUUUGGAAGCUGGCGCUGGGACUUGGGCUAGGUUUUUUUAUUGGACUUCUAGGCAUUUUGAUAAGUUGGCAGCUACUAAGGCUGUGUUACAAAAGAAAAUAUUCAUCUUCAGAUGUCCAGGUGCAAUUAACAAGAAAUAAUACAAUUGAUCCCUACUCAAAUGCAGACCCAGAAAGAGGCAGAACCUACUUGGGGGUACCCCUCUUCUCUUACAAGGAGCUUGAAAAAGCAACAAAUAACUUCAAUCGUUCAAGAGAAUUGGGAAAUGGAGGCUUUGGGUCUGUUUACUAUGGAAAACUCCAAGAUGGACGUGAAGUUGCAGUUAAGCGCCUAUAUGACCACAACUAUCGGAGAGUGGAACAAUUCAUGAAUGAAAUUGAGACACUAACUCGCUUGCGCCAUCGAAACCUUGUGUCCCUUUAUGGCUGCACAUCACACCAUAGCCUUGAACUCCUCCUUGUGUAUGAAUACAUUCCAAACAAAACAGUUUCUUGUCAUCUCCAUGGUGAAUUAGCUAAUUUUGGAUUACUACCAUGGCCUGUAAGAAUGAAAAUUGCCAUAGAAACAGCAACUGCAUUAGCUUUUCUCCAUGCUUCAGACACCAUUCAUCGGGAUGUCAAAACUAACAAUAUCCUUCUUGACGACAACUUCUCAGUCAAGGUUGCAGAUUUUGGAUUAUCAAGGUUGUUUCCUGAUGAUGUUACCCAUGUUUCCACUGCCCCACAAGGGACUCCUGGUUAUGUUGACCCAGACUAUCACCAAUGCUACCAGCUUACUAGCAAAAGUGAUGUGUAUAGCUUUGGGGUGGUGCUUAUCGAACUGAUAUCAUCUAUGCCAGCAGUUGAUAUGAGCAGGCCUAGAGAUGAGAUAAAUCUAGCAAAUCUAGCUGUAAAUAAGAUUCAAAGAAGUGCAUUUGGGGAGCUGGUGGAUCCUUGUCUCGGUUUUGAGUCAGACAAAGAGGUGAGGAGGAUGAUAGUUUCAGUGGCGGAGUUGGCUUUUCAGUGUUUACAAAGGGAUAAGGAGUUGAGACCUUCUAUGGAUGUGGUUUUGGAGAUUCUGAAGAGAAUUGAGAGUAGGAAUGAGGAGUUUGAUCAUCUCGAAGAAGUGGAUAGUCACUGCGCUGUCGGUAUAUUACACAGCGGUCCUAUUCAUCCACAAUCACCACCUUCACCGGACUGUGUUGAGGCUGGAUUGCUGAAAAGUAUGAAGUCAUUGUCUUCACCUAAAGCUGUUACUGACAAAUGGCAUACUAGGUAUGGACAUGCGAGCCAUAAUAAGUGUCCUAGAUCGUUUAACUGCGGAAAACCUGGGAGCAUCCGGUUCCCUUUCACCAAGGUAGAAAGGCCAGACUGUGGCUUACUGAUGGUUCGUAAUUGUGAUGAUCCAAAUGCAUCUUCAGAAAAAAUUAUUGAACUAGAGAAGGAACCCUGGCAGCUUACUAGAGCCCCUCGCCAAUCACAUAGCGUUACGGUUUUCAACCCAGAUUUACACACUCGCUUACAAUCCAAUGGCUCUUGUGAAGCCCUCAAGAAUAAUAUCAGUCUUCCUGCGAAAGCACCUUUGAUUUCUUCUUAUAUCAAAUAUAACAUAACACUCUUUAAAUGCCACCACCACCUCAAUGUCAGCAUCCCAACUGGUUUUAUUAAAAAUCCCUGUCCUGGUUUUGAUAUAUAUCAUUACAGCCGAGACGCUAAUCUUAAACCUGUCGAAGAAAGCUCCUUCUCAGCAUGUUCAACUGUGGUGCUUCCCAAGAAAGACUGGCCUGAUAGCACAGACCUUCAAUCGUUCUUAUCUGCACAAAUGGCUCUUGAGGUACGAUUGUCUGAUGGUUGUGAGAAGUGUUACAACGACCAAGGAGGCUACUGUCGACUGGACAACAACAAUAACUUCUACUGCGACAAUGCAAGGAAACUUUGGAAGCUGGCACUGGGACUUGGGCUAGGUCUAUUUGUUGGAGUUUUAGGCAUGUUGAUAGUUUGGCGGCGACUUCGACAGCAUUACAAACGAAAGUAUCCAUCAGACAACCAAUUGCAAGUAACAAGCAAUUAUGCAAUUGAUCCGUACUCCAAUGCAGACCGAGAAAGUGGCAGAAUCUACUUGGGGGUGCCACUCUUCUCGUACGAGGAGCUUAAGAAAGCAACAAAUAACUUUGAUCGUUCAAGAGAACUGGGAAAUGGAGGCUUUGGCUCUGUUUACUAUGGAAAACUCCAAGAUGGGCGUGAAGUUGCAGUUAAGCGCUUAUAUGACCACAACUAUCGGCGAGUUGAGCAAUUCAUGAAUGAGAUUGAGAUGCUAACUCGCUUGCACCAUCCAAACCUUGUGUCCCUCUAUGGCUGCACUUCAUGCCGUAGCUGUGAGCUUCUCCUUGUUUAUGAAUACGUUCCCAAUAGAACAGUUUCUUGUCAUCUCCAUGGUGAACCAGCAAAUCGCAGUUUACUACCAUGGCCUGUAAGAAUGAAAAUUGCCAUAGAAACUGCAACUGCAUUGGCUUUUCUCCAUGCUUCUGACACCAUUCAUCGAGAUGUCAAAACUAACAACAUCCUUCUUGACAAUAACUUUUCAGUUAAGGUUGCAGAUUUUGGACUUUCAAGAUUGUUUCCUGAUGAUGUUACCCAUGUUUCCACUGCCCCACAAGGGACUCCUGGUUAUGUUGACCCAGACUAUCACCAAUGCUACCAGCUUACUAGCAAAAGUGAUGUGUAUAGCUUUGGGGUGGUGCUUAUCGAACUGAUAUCAUCUAUGCCAGCAGUUGAUAUGAGCAGGCCUAGAGAUGAGAUAAAUCUAGCAAAUCUAGCUGUAAAUAAGAUUCAAAGAAGUGCAUUUGGGGAGCUGGUGGAUCCUUGUCUCGGUUUUGAGUCAGACAAUGAGGUGAGGAGGAUGAUAGUUUCAGUGGCGGAGCUGGCUUUUCAGUGUUUACAAAAGGAAAAGGAAUUGAGACCUUCCAUGGAUGAGGUUUUGGAGAUUCUGGAGAGAAUAGAGAGUGGGAAUGAGGAGCUUAAUCAGAUUGAAGAAGUUGAUGUUAAUGGUGCUAUUGGGAUAUCACACAGUGGUCCUUUACAUUCAUCUUCACCACCUUCACCGGAUUGCGAUGAGAUCGGAUUAUUGAAAAGUAUCACGUCAUUGCCUUCACCUGCAGCCGUGACUGAUAAAUGGCAUAGCGAAUCAACUACAAAUUUUGGGAGUUCUUAAUAAUCAUUCAUCAUACUGAUUUAUUAAAGAUCAUAGUGAUUACAGAGGUUGUGGAUGUAGAUAUAAAUGAAAAUUCAAAUGUACGUUCUAUUUGUAAGGGAUAAUUACACGAAGAUAUUAAGUUGAUUAUAUUUUAAUUAGGUUAAUUAUGACAACCAUAA